AUGCCUAAUUUAUUUUUAAAUAAUUACAGCCUUAUUAGCUCUUCAGUGCAGAGUUCAGACGAUAAUGCUUUUACAAAUAAGGCAAAAGAAAAUCCCUUAUUAAAAGAACCUGAACCACAUUCUAAUUCUAAGGAUAAUGAUUCAUUUGAUGAAAUAUCAGAGGAUGAUGAACUAGUUUUAGAUUACUUUAAAUACAAACAGGAAGCCAGGUUGCCUUAUACCAAAAGUGAAGAUGAAGAAAUAUUAAAUUUUAUUUUAAAAUCAUCGAAUAUUAAUAAAACUUCAUCGAUAUCCCUUUGGAAAUUUUUGGAACGAAAAAAGAAAAAUCCUCCGAGAACAUACCAGUCGUUAAAAAACAGAUUUUUAAGAAACAUCAAACCUCAUUUAUUCACAACCUACAGACACUUGAUUAAAAAUAAAAAGACAAUGGAAGCCAUUUUAUCUAAAUUUCCAGAAUUGAAAAAAGACCUUAAAAGAAAAUCUGUUUUAGAUGACUUGAAAGUAAUUAAUCGAAAUGCAGUUCUCCCAACAACUAAAUCUGAAAAUAAUAUCAACAACAUCAAUAGCAACAAUAAUAAUAAUAGUAGUAAUAGUAGUAACAGUAAUAAUAAUAAUAGUAUUACCAAUGCGAAUACUAAUACUGAUAGUAAUAUUGAAGCAAAUCAGGAUGUAGGAUUGAAAGAAGACUCCACAAAUAAACACGAACGAAUCAUAAAAGUUAAUAAAAAUAACAGCAUAACAAUAAUUUUAAAUUGUGAAAAACAAAAUAAAAACUCAAUAGAAUCGAGGAGAAAGAAUACAUUAACCAUUUACGAUAAAUUUUUAAAAUUAAAAGAGGAAAAUACAAUCGAGCCAUGUUUACAUUGCGGUAGGAGCGAUCCUAUUGUUGUCAAAUGCGAAAUCGAAACAUACGAUAAUGAAAGUGCAGAUGGAAUUAGCAGCAAUACGAACGAAAGCAAUGAUUCGAGUAACGGUCGAAAUGUUGGAAAUGGCGAAAAAAGAGAAUCGACGAAUAAAAAUAUAAUAAUAAAAAAAAAUUCUCCUAAAAGUCCAAGUCUUCUAGAUGGGGAAAACGAGGAUGUUAAAUAUAUUUGCACGAUAAAUAAUAACGAAAAUAAUCGUCGUUUAACAAGGAGUGCAUAUAGAAAAUUAAUAACAGGUCAAAGGGAUAAUUUAUCUCCUACCAAAAAGAAAACGAAUCAAUGA